CCUUAUAAAAUUCACCACUUUGAUUUGAUAAUUGAUUUGGCGCCCAGAGAAGCAUUAAUUAAUUUUGAUCAAAAAUUUAAAAUUUGAUGUGAAAUUUCAUGUUUUAUUAGAUUUUUUAUAAGUUGAUUAGUUGUAAAAUCUGUGUACUCAAUAUUUCAUUAGAGUAAUCAUCACUGUUCUUCUGGCUGCUUACCAUCACUGUUUUGCUAUUCAAGUUAUCAGUCCGUAUUACCGCUGUGCCUACAGAUGUACUAAUUUCCGAAUAAUAUGCGCAUAGAUGAAUAAUGGAGCUUGGUUCAAAAUCUAAAAAACGUUUCCAACUCAAGAGUUCUAGACAAGAUCGAAAUGAAUCACGCAAUUGGUUCGAUUGCACCGACGAUAAAGGUCCUACUAUUGGUGAAGACGACGGUAAUUUUGGAACAUUCUCUAGGACGAAUGUUGUGAAAACUCCCGUUAGGCCGCUGAAAGCUAAAACCGCUUCGCCUAUAGCUCAUACUUUAUCACCUCAGUUCAGGGUAGGCUGGAAUGAUGGAUCUCAAAAAAGUCAAAAAAGUGUUUGUGAUAUGGGCAGUCCGGUGAGUGCGAUACCUGCGCGUAGAAAAAUUAGACGAUGUCCAGAAAAUUUACUAGCUAAGAUAUCACCACCUGCGGUUGAACCUAAAGACUCACGAAAAACUGAAGGAAAUUCGUGUGAUAUUUUACAAUGCAUCAAUUGGGCUAAAAGUUUAAUAGAAUCGAGCAAUUUUCAAUCACCAAUUGAAGAAACACCCGAAGUGCCCGAUAAAAAAAUCGCCGAGAUUACGGAAUCAAUCAAAGAUACUAGUCUCGAUAUAGCUCUCGAUGAUUCAUCCAAUGAGCUAAUGAUUAUGUGCAGUCAAGCAAUCGAAGAAAGUGUUUCCUCGGGAAAACUUACAUUGGAAAAUAAGAAAUCGCAAUCUGAAAAGCACCACAUUACCCCGAUUCGCGAUAACAAUCCGAGUAAACGAUUUAGGCCGCAGUUCGCUUCGAGUACCAAAUCAGAUGUUGCUAAUUUCGAUCGUAGAUUGAACGAUUCGCAUCCGAAAUCGAACAAUGUUUCUAGUAGGCCUAUGAAUACUCCUACUAAAAUACCGCUGCUUGUUUCUCAAACUGCAUCUUCGAAAAAUCUACUAAACGUCGAUGGUAUUUUCAAACGACCUAAUCAAUCAGGUGCGAAUAAUAAUAGCGAGAAUUUUAAAGAUUUUAAUAAAAAUGUCACAAAUUCCGGAACCUUUCGCUAUUCUCGUGAAUCGAGGAAAGAAAACGAGAUGGUAUCUCCAUUUGCGACUCCUACUCCAGUAUCAAAUCAAUCUUUAUCGGAUUUGUCCAACAUCGAUAUCAAAUCUCAUUUGGACGACGAAGAUGAAAUAUUUUGUUCUUUGGAUUUCAAUUUUUUGGAUUCACUUCAGACGAAACCAAUUGUACAACCGAAGCCUGCGUCGAAACCUACAACGAACGAAAUAAAACCACAAAUAAAGAAUAAGGAGUCUGUUAAACUUGACACUAAACCUUUAGUUACCAAGUACACUAAGCAAGAAAUUGAAAAACGUCGCCUCGAGGCAAAAAAACGACUACUUCUUAAAAAGCAUAAAUCGAUGUAGUAUUAUUUUGCAUAUUCUGUUUUUAAUUGUUUGUGUGGAAUUCUUCGUGGACUUUAUUAUCGCUUGGACUAUUUUUUAAGUUUGUGGUAGAUUUUUUAGUUAGUUUUUUGUGUGUGUAAACCUAUGUAUGUAUAUAAGUCGUAAGUUUUCAGUGUUUGUUUGUCCCAUGUAUUGUAUACCUACAUUUUUUUGUUGGAGAUGUAAUAAAUAAUUUUUGUUGUUUGA